UUAUCCUCAUUGCUGCUGUCGUAGCAGCCUCAGUCGAAGAUUGGACGGACUUCGGCGUCAUUUUGAUCAUGCUUCUUGUAAACGGUACGUGAAACAUAAGCAAUACAGUAUUUCCAAGGUUACUUCAGCUGUUUUUAAAUUAUGACAGGCAACAAAUAAWUAAAAUGAAUAGUAGCAUCCAUUCCUAACAAUCCUCCGUCGGUUUCCCCUUUGCAGCCUCUCUUGGUUUCCACGAAGAAUACAAAUGUGCRCAGAGUUUGGCAGAACUCAGCAACUCUCUGGAAAGUGAAAUUGCCAUCCGCCGUGAUGGUAAAACAGAAGCUCUCCCCACGAAAGAAUGCGUCCCAGGUGAUAUUGUUCUAUUGGUAGGCGGGACGAUUCUCCCUGCCGAUGUUAAAUGGGUGAAGGGUGAUACAAUGUCGAUCGACACUGCCGCUCUGACAGGUGAACCCAUCCCUCGAAAAUAUCCUGGCGAACACGGCGAUGUUAUCUUGUCUGGCACCACUGUUGUCGCUGGAGAGUGUUACGGAGAAGUGGUAGCCACCGGUGUCAACACUGAAAUCGGUCAAGCUCAAGCYGAUGUCAUGGCCGACAAAUCAACGAGCACUAUUUCUGUCUUCGAAAAAAAGAUUUUGACAAUGGUGAAGAUUUUCGUCGCCGGUAGCAUGUUUAUGGUGCUAGGCGUUCUUUUGGUCAAAGGAUUUGUCUACAGUGGAUUCACACCUGUUGGCAACCUCGCUGAAGUUAAUGCAGGCUCGUACCUUAGCAAAGGCGUAGAAGACACAAUUCUCGGUGCCCUGAGUAUUUUGAUCGCAUCUAUCCCAAUUGCGUUACCACUUGURUUGCAAGUGAAUCUUGCCCUAGGCGCAAGUUUCUUAGCAAARGAACACGCCGCGAUUGUAACUAGUACUCCGGCUCUACAAGAUAUCGCUAGUAUGAGCAUGCUCUGCAGUGACAAGACCGGCACAUUGACUACUGCGAAGAUGUCUGUGAUCAACGACCGUUGUGUACCAUCCGGUAAUUUCACUAAGGACGAUGUCGUUCGCUUUGCCUCUCUGUGUUCAAACAAAGACAAGAAAGAUGACCCCAUCGACAAGGCUGUCMUUGAUGCCUACGAACGAUGCGAAGCUUCAAAAACGGAUUCUGGCUACAARCAAACUGAAAUCAUUGGAUUUAAUCCAGUUGUGAAACGAGUUGUUGCAUUCGUAGACCACAAUGGCAAGACCUUAACCAUUGCCAAAGGACUUCCAGCCAAAAUUAUCGAUACUGAAGCAGGUGGYGUCGACGACCACGAGUGCCAAUGGAAAGUGGAAGGAUACGAUGAUGACAAUUUUGUUGCUUCUAUACUCAAAGAGGAUACCGCCCUUUCUWCUGCUGGGUACAAGACUAUUGCUGUUGCCAUGUGCGAAGGUGAUUGUCGCAAACCUGGAAAUUACAAAUGGAACUUCGUAGGUCUCAUGCCGAUGCUCGAUCCUCCUCGCGAAGAUACACCCGCCACUAUCGCGUCUUUGCACCACGCUAACAUCUCUGUGAAAAUGAUCACCGGAGAUCACGUGAACGUUGGAAAAGAAACAUGUCGUUUGAUUGGUCUUGGCACUGAUAUGCACGCUGGUCAAGAAAUCCGCGCUGCCGAAAGUCCUUCCACGAGGAACGAAAUGAUUCUUGCUGCUGAUGGUUUUGGUGCAGUUUUGCCCAGUGACAAACGUGAAGUCGUGAUGACACUCAAAAAUGAGUUUGGAUUGGUUACUGGAAUGACAGGAGAUGGUGUGAACGAUGCGCCUGCUCUGUCUGCUGCCCAGGUUGGCAUUGCUGUUGAGGGAGCUACAGAUGCUGCUCGCAAUGCCGCUGACCUCAUUCUAACCGAGUCCGGACUCAGACCAAUCUAUGGUGCAGUUCUAGAGUCGCGUCGAAUUUUUGCCAGAAUCAAGUCCUACGUGGUGUACCGAAUGGCAGCGUCAGCAAUUCUAGUCCUGGUUUUGUCCAUCAUUGUUUUUGCUGGAGAGGGUUGUGUUGUCGACUCCAUCCUUAUCAUUGUACUUGCYCUKCUCAAUGAUAUCUCGAUGCUUCCUGUUGCGUACGAUAACGCUGAUGCCACUGCCAAGCCUCAGCUCCCCAACACCACGAAGUUGAUUCUAACGUCGCUCUACUACGGGCUUUUUCAUACCGCCAUGACUCUGAUUUUUAUUUUUGGUCUUGGUCUUCAAAAGGAAACUGAAAUGAUUGACUUCAGUGAAUGUGUCCUUGAUUCCAAAGGACCAACCGCAGCUUUUAUUUGGGUACACUUGACGAUUGUUUCAGAACUAGCCAUCUUUUCGGUUCGCGCCCCAUCCUUCUUCUUCUUUUCGAUGCCCAGCAUUUCGUUGAUCAUCAGUGUGAUUCUCACUUGCAUCAUCGUUUCUAUCGUUGGAGUAUACGCCUUGGAGCUCCCCGGAAUGAGUCUSCUCUGGAUCUGGGUUUUCAACAUUCUUGCUUUCGUUAUUGUUGACUUGGGCAAGAUUUGGUUCCGAAAAGCCAUAGGUGAUGCGCCCGGUGAAAUCAUCGAGAGCGACGAACUUAUUGAACCGGAAAGCAAGAACGAAGUCAAGAUUCAAACUGAGAAGAAGGAACGUUACAAGGUUCACAGAGAAUCUGUCCUCCCACAGGCUGAUUUCGAACGCCACGAGGUCSAAGUUGGUGGCUUAUUCAAUGUCCGAAACUAUGAUGGCAUUGCUUUCAAACAACCUGGUGCAAGAAUGAAGUCCAUKUCGGUAGCUGCGAACGGUCACCGCCGCACUAAGACCUCCUCUGCGCCUGAACUAAAUUUUUGGUAAUCUGGACCUGAAUAUUUGAUGUUGGUACUGCCGAUCUUGUCGUUSCCGUUGUUAUUAGUGAGAAUGUAUCAUGGUGCAUGUGUUCUGAGAUACAUUUCUUGCAAGCUGUAGUUGAUCCUCAAAACAUACAAACAUUAUUUUAUAYGUCACGAUAUGAUUUUGUUCCUAUUCUGCAACCACUUUUAGUAGUUAUAUUUUGAAGGCAAGUAAACUGUCGCRUACAGGUUUAGUUAAUAUCUACUCACUAAUCACUCUUGCUGGUGCUACAACUGAGCAACCASCACUAACUACUAUCAGCAACAAGCUUUUUCAUUUGAUGGUGAUCGUCUGAAGCUCUUCCAGAAGCAUUUCAAAAAUGAACUCAAGGCCAGUGGCUUCCCAUGUAGGGUGAAGGAGUAUGUGGUAGAAGUUGAGGACAAGCUUCCUCCUCAUAUUUUUGUGCAGAGGAGGAAAUACUAUUAGGAGUAGGAGUAGCACAAGAAGAAGCAGAACAAGAUAAAGGAAUACUACAGCCAUGAUACAACAGGGGCUCAGAGAUUUCAUCUGCAGCCUAUUUCAGGAGGGAGGCUCUUACCCCAAUAUACAAACAAGAAGGCACCAGUUCGUGAUUCACCUAGUAACAAGAACCUCCUGUUGUGGUGUUCUUCUUCUUGUUGCUCACCCCCAGCAGCCACCAGCAGCAACAAGAAGGAAAGAAGAAGAACAACAAGAGAUUUACCUGCUGUCCUGAAGUUUUGUUAAAUAUUCUUCUUUUUGACAACCUUCUGCUGUCUUUAUUGUGGUAUGCUAGGAAUCAAGCUGUUUUCUGACUCGAUGMAGCCAUACCGGUACCACUUUUUAAAAGUGUUGAAGAUGAAGAACAAGAACACAUUCAUGACUGAAACCAACCCGGCUCAAAUGAGAGGACUACUAUUUCUAUUCCUAAAUUCCUACAUGCUGGUACGUCCGUACGUACUGUACAUACGAGUACUUAUUUCGACCGACUGACUCACUCACUCCCAUUUCGGGACCGGAGAAAAAUGAGUUGACGAAGAUGAAUGAUGGUCGUGGGAAUGUUGGAAUGCAUCUCGAAUAGUACCAGGUACCGUACAACGACCAACGUAAAACGUUUUGUUCGGACGCUCCGUUUCAAAUCUGUAGAUCACCCGCCCUGCUGAGUCUGUCGAUUGAUAGUACCUGGUACUUCGCACUUUACUCCUUUUAUCUAUUGGAAUUGUUCCACAAAAAUAGAACCAAAGAGCAGACCGCAACCGCSACCGCAACAGUAACCAUGAACGUCUUCAAGUGCCUCCCCGUCGUCUUGGCGGUUUCGUSUAUUGGUCUUUUCGCUACGGACGUAGAGGGAUGGUCGUGCUUUCCUCCGUCUCCAGCAAAGAAAAUCGUGAAGGAGAUCAGCCGCAAAUCCUUYAUCGCYGGUGCGGUAGGAGGAUUGGUAGUGGGAACCACGGCCACGGCCGCAGGGGCGGCGGUAGCYAUCGAGAGAAACGCCGCUGCCAGCAAAGGSCCCUACGAACCGCCCGCAGGAUCUCUGRCCGACAAGGUUGUUCUCAUCACCGGUGGAAGCACUGGAUUGGGAUUGGUAAGAUACGCUUCGACAGAUACGCUUCGACAGAUUCCGACGCGAACCUCUUUUCCCAUUUSUUAUUGAACGUCGACUCACACUUUGAUGGACUCGAAUCACCCAAUCGAAUCUCAUCGCACCCUUUGCCUCGGAAUGCAGGAAUCCGCAAAGCGAUUGGCAGCAGCGGGAGCAACGAUCGUUCUGACCGCUCGAAGCGUAGCGAAGGGAGAGAAAUCCGUAGAAGCAGUUCAGUCGUACCUGACCGAGAAAAGCGUAACCGGUUCCAAGGUUUUCAGCCUCGUCUUGGAUCUCGACGAUCUGGCAUCGGUCAAGGCCUUCCCCGACUCGUACAAAAAACUCGGCCUGGGAGACAUCGACGUGCUGAUGAACAACGCCGGGGUCAUGGCCAUCCCCGACCGACAACUCACAAAGGACGGCUUCGAGCGCACCUUCCAGUCCAACCACCUCGGGCAUUUCGUGCUGACCGCCGGGCUCUUUCCGUUCCUUUCGCGCAGCAAGGCCACCGUCAUCAACGUCUCGUCCGAGGCGUACCAGUUCACCGGUGGAAAGUUCGACCUCGACAACCUCAACGGUGAGAAAAAAUACGGUGCCUGGUCCUCGUACGGUUUGUCGAAGCUGGCCAACAUUCUCUUCACCCAGGAGCUCCAGCGCCGAGCCGACGCAAGCGGCGACUCCUCGUGGCUGACCGCCGUGACGCUCCACCCCGGUGCCGUCCAGACCGAUCUCGGCCGAAACAUCGCCGGGGAAGAGAAAUGGGAAAAGCUCAAGACCAACGAGAUCACCCUGUCGCCGGUCGAGUCCUUCCUCCUCAACACCGCUUCCAAGUUCACGCUGACGGUCCCGCAGGGGGCCUCYACUCAGGUGUACCUGGCAGCCGGAGCCGACGGAGCGCUCAAGAAGGGGGCAUUCUACGAGGAUCUGAAGGCGAAGAACCUCCCUGCUUUUGCCAACGACGAGGCAAAGGCCAAGMAGCUCUGGGAAAUCAGCGAACAACUCGGUGGCGUUGAGUUCAAGAUCGAGAAACCGGUCGAGACCCMGGCUCCUCCUUCGCCCGAGGAGAGCAGCGCCUAGAGCAGGUGAUUAAAAACUGUUAGCAUCC